AUGAACACUAGAUCUCGACGGAGCAACCGCAACGAAGAUCUUCUCAUCCUGUCCAACGCAGAACUUGCGAGAGUAGAACGAGCAAACAGACAACAAAGGCCUAAUCCAGCCGAUAUGGGCGAUAACGGCAAUCCGAACAUGGCUGCUCAGUUGCAGCAACUCCAGCAGCAGAUAGAGCAGAUGCGGAAGGCUCAACAAGAUAGAGAACCGCAACCACGUGCUGCCUAUUGGAGACAAGGACAACCCGCAUACCUUCUAUCAAAACCGAACUUUGAGGAGAUAUGCAGCACGACUGGCUCGAAUGGAGUACCAGCUGACUUUCUGAAGUGCAAGCUAUUCCCGUUCUCACUUGCCAACAAAGCAUCUCGCUGGCUGAAGUCAUUACCACCUGGGUCUUUGACUUCAUGGGCCCAAGUUAGAGCAGCGUUUCUGGACCACUUCUACACGAAGCCAAGAAUGCAGCUCUAA